AUGGAAUACUCGCUGGCGGCGCUGAAGGUGUUCGUCUCACAGCUGGAGGAAUCCACGGCGGCCCACUCCUCCGAGGGGUCCUCCUCGGCGAAGAUGCUCUUCGGCAUCCGCUUCCAGCGCGCCUACAGGCAGGGCGUGGUGGUGCGUGCAGACUACAACGUCGGCGACGGGAGGCUGUUCGUGGAUGGCGGCUCCUGCGUCACCGAGCUCAUGCUUUGGCCCGAGGAUGCCAAGGGCAUGCCCUGGCGCCCAGGGAUGUAUGUGCUGAUUAUUGGGGCAUAUAUUCUUCUUGGAAAUGAAUGA